GAGAGCACGCCAAGCUUGCAUUCGCCAUCGUGUAGAUAUCCUCGUGUCAGCCUCAGUGGUCUCUUCAUAAUACACCCUUCGCUCCCCCAGUAUACUUCAUGUCAUCAUAUCUGAUUAUAGUCACUCCAAAAUCGCGAUAGGACGUGGACACAUAAGUCGCUGGGAUGGUGGACGAGGGUAGAGUCCAGUAGUAAUUGGGUUCGAUCUUGGCCAGUGUCUCACAAGCUAAAACCCUUAUCUCCUCUUCGUCACCGGUAAGUGUGUCCUCAAUCCCCGUCUCCUCCCACCCCGCUGACCCUUCGAACUCAAAGUAAGCAACCCACGCAAUGGCGGUAUCAGCGUGGCUGCCGUGGGCGCCCCUGGCAGUGACCCUCCUCGCCGUCCUGACGACACCUACAAGGAACCCAAGGUAUAUUCUCGUUCGUGUGUUUGUCCUCGCCACAUGUCGCCCCAGGGUCGUCGUGCUGUCGAUUCCUGCCUGAUCGUGGGUGUCUCCGACGAAAUCAGACCGCACCAGUUGAUGUUGUAGACCAACUGACAACUUGUCCCAUCAGCCGUGGGUGGAAAACGGAUGGACGAUUCAGUUGACGGCCGAGACGGGCCGCAUGUUCUCCCGGUUGUAGAUGCGCACGUCUGCGCCAAGACAACCUCGAGGCUGUGAGGACAGACGGGUGGUCGUAUAGCGGACUGUAAAGUGUGGAGUGUAUUCCUGUGCAACGCGUGGAACACGACACUGCGUGGGCUUUAUGCCCACGAAAGGAGGUGCCAACGACACACAUAGUAGAUAAUGUGACAAGCCGAGAGGGGACGGGGCUCAGCGUUGUUGAUGGGAAUUCGAGAAGAGGUUGAAGAGAUUCAGCUCCAAAAGUUAUAUGAUUCGAGGACAGAUUUUUCAUUGCUUUGUGAGUUGGUUCGGAAAGUCGGGCGGGGAAAGACGUGCAGGUUGCUUAGUCGACCGUACUUCGAUGUUCAGAACAGGUUGCCUCGCGUCAAGGCUGGAAGCCCUGAACGCCCCGGCAGGCCGGCAGAGCACAUCCUGUGUCGAGACCUGACGUUCAAUGCGCAGAUUUUGGAAGAUGACGCGACUUUUUAUGGACUCGAUGAGCUGCAAAUGGCCCUGGAGUACCCAGAUAGUUGAGGAGUCAUGUCUUG